AUGUGCAAUUUUAUUGAGUACAAGGAUUCAAAGAUUGUGUAUCGGAGGUAUGCUUCUUUGUUUUUUGUGAUUGGGAUCCGUCCAGACGACAACGAGCUAAUUGCGCUCGAGUUGAUCCACCGCUACGUCGAAGUCCUCGACCGGUACUUUGGCAACGUGUGCGAGCUGGAUCUCAUUUUCAACUUCCAAAAAGCGUAUCUUAUUUUCGACGAACUCAUCAUGGCCGGCGAGAUGCAAGAGUCCAGCAAGAAGUCUGUGUUACGUGUGGUCGCGCAAGGAGAUUCGGUCGAAGAAAUGGAGCAGGGCGAAGAUGGACUCGCUCGGAUUGGAAGUCGUUCGGGCUAG